GUUAUCAUAGUUAUUCAACUGUCAUCUCAAAUGGAUGCCGCAACUUCAACUGUCCAAUUCUCCCGGCCUCUCAUUUCCUUCAACCCAAAAUUCUCACCGGCGGCUUCACAAAGGCUCAGAAUUCCUUCUCGAUUGCGUUUCUCCGCCGCCGCCGCCGUUACCACGUCGGAGUAGUUGUGGCCAGGAAUCUGAAAUUGAAGUCGAGAAUCGAAAGAUCGAACUGCUGCGAGCUGUUACCGACACCAAUCGCGGCCUAACUGCUACGCCCCUUCAACGCUCCGCCAUCGAGGAAGCUCUGGUGAAUGUUGAAAGUUUUGAUGCAGGGGAGCCGAUUCAGUUGAGUUUGUUGGAUGGCACAUGGCGCUUGCAGUACACGUCCGCCUCUGAUGUUGUCAUUCUCUUUCAGUCUGCCGAAACUCUCCCUUUCUUUGAGGUUGAUCAAAUAUAUCAAAAGUUUGAGUGCAAUGAUCAAUCCAGGGAAGGUGUAGUCCGGAAUAUUGUAAGAUGGAGCAUACCUAAUCUGUUGGAGGAGCAUGAAGGUGCAACUCUGAUCGUGUCUGCAAAAUUUUCCACGGUCUCUGUUCGAAAUAUCUAUCUUGAGUUUGAAGAGAUAGCUGUUCAAAACAUAAAAAUUGGUGAAGAGUUGCAAGCUCUACUAGCUCCAGCGAUACUACCCCGGUCAUUUUUGAGUUUGCAGAUCCUGCAGUUUAUUAGAUCUUUCAAAGCUCAAUUUCCUGUCAGGCCGAGUUCUCAGAGUGGGUCGCAGCGCAGUUGGCAGUGCAGAACUGUGGUGAUCUUGAGGUCACGGGUUCAAACUCCGUCAUCCGUUGAAGACUUUCGGCCUUAAUCCGCAAGGACAGUCGAGCAGGAUUAGUUGAAUUCACCAAAAGACGGGUUUGCUACGCCUGUGGUUAAACCAAAAAGAAAAAAGAAAAAAAAACUGCAUUUCCACUUCCAUAUACAUUGUACACACAUAUACGCCAACUAAAUCCUUAAAACGCACAAAUUUAUAAAUUCUAAUCUUAAUAUAUAUAGGUUUAGAUAAAUGACAUGCUACAUAUUUUUUACAAGCAUUAUUUGUUAGUAGUGAGCACUAAUCUCGUUUAA